UGGCAAGCUGGCCCGAUAUAAAACCUCAGCACAUGGCAAAUGCACAUCACACAACGUUCCUCCGCAGGCUCGAUCUUCUUGUGCAUCAUCACUUUCAUUGCAUCGCCCCAUCUACAUCGGUUGUCUGUGACACCAUGCCUUUCCCAUUCACUCUUGCCUGUAGACUCUUACUCCGUACGCCAUCAUGCUCUGUUCUUCUCGUACGAUGCAUUCACUCAUCUGCUUCUUUCAAGUCGUUAUUGGUAUCUGCAAUGUCAUAUCGAUUGUGAUUCUAAGCCCGGAUAUUGUUGCGCACACCGCAGGACCUUUUGAGGCCGUUGCUCUUGCGUCAAAUAUCGUAGCUCUGUUGGUAUUCCUCAUUACUUUUUCAUUCUUGUGUUGCAGGCAACAUGCAGAAUCUAGCAACACUAGAAAUAUUGCUACCUUUGGCACUUUGUGGCUUUCGGAUGUCACAUCUUGUGUCCUUUUGACAAUCCAUGCACGUCGAAAUCACGCGACCGCCCUUUGUCAUGACCUUUCUCAGUCUGGUGACUGCACAAGGGCUAAUGUUCUCCUGGCUGUUUUCUAUAUGGCUUCUAUCUUUGCUUUGGUUGGUCUCGUAUUAGCAUCCUGUGAUAAACACCCCGGUAUCACUAAGGUCUCGCCUCGGUAUCCGAUCACUAAAGCAGCAAGUUCACAUUUCACUGCCUUCCAACACCCGCUGGACGUGGAGUUGGAGAGUGCGUACCCUAAGUCCUCCAGCAAGAAGGCAGAACACAUGAAGGAGGGACACACCCACGAAAGGUGGACCGAGAUUCCUCUGUAGACAGACAUGUUGGUUUUGUACUUGUAUUGCCAAUGUUGGGGACAGCUUUGUAUGAGUAUGGAAUUUUACAUAU